GUGUGUGCGAGAGUGUCUGUGUCAGGAUACGUGUGUGUGAGAGUGUCUGGCAGGAUACGUGUGUGUGAGAGUGUCUGUGACAGAGUACGUGUGUAUGAGAGUGUCUGCGACAGGGUACACGUGUCUGAGAGUGUCUGCGGCAGGAUACGUGUGUGUGAGAGUGUCUGUGGCAGGGUACGUGUGUGUGAGAGUGUCUGUGGAAGGGUACGUGUGUUUGAGAGUGUCUGCGGCAGGAUACGCGUCUAUGAGAGUGUCUGCGGCAGGAUACGUGUGUGUGAGAGUGUCUGUGGUAGGUUUCGCGUGUAUGAGAGUGUCUGCGGCAGGGUAUGUGUGUGUUAGUGUGUCUGUGACAGUGUACGCGUGUGUGAGAGUGUCUGUGACAGUGUACGCGUGUGUGACAGUGUCUGUGACAGUGUACGCGUGUCUGAGAGUGUCUGCGGCAGGAUACGUGUGUGUGAGAGUGUCUGUGUCAGGAUACGUGUGUGUGAGAGUGUCUGUGGCAGGAUACGUGUGUGUGAGAGUGUCUGUGACAGAGUACGUGUGUAUGAGAGUGUCUGCGACAGGGUACACGUGUCUGAGAGUGUCUGCGGCAGGAUACGUGUGUGUGAGAGUGUCUGUGGCAGGGUACGUGUGUGUGAGAGUGUCUGUGGUAGGGUAUGUGUGUGUUAGUGUGUCUGUGGAAGGGUACGUGUGUGCGAGAGUGUCUGCGGCAGGAUACGUGUGUGCGAGAGUGUCUGUGGCAGGGUACGUAUGUGUGAGAGUGUCUGUGGCAGGGUACAUAUGUGUGAGAGUGUCUGAGGCAGGGUACGUGUGUGUGAGAGUGUCUGCGGCAGGAUACGUGUGUGUGAGAGUGUCUGUGGCUGGGUACGUGUGUGUGAGAGUGUCUGCGGCAGGGUACGUGUGUGUGAGAGUGUCUUUGACAGGGUAUGUGUGUGUGACAGUGUCUGUGGCAGGGUACGCGUGUGUGAGAUUGUCUGUGUCAGUGUAUGUGUCUGUGAGAGUGUCUGUGACAGGGUAUCUGUCUGUGAGAGUGUCUGCGACACCCCACCCCCAGUGCACUAGGUGACCUGCCCCACCCAGAAGCACAGGUGAAAAGAACCACUACCCCAAAGUAGAGGCUAGUUGAAGUGGCAGGAAUGGGGGGGCGAAUGAAGUCAGUAUUUAAUGUGAGGAGUCGUAGAGGGGAGAGGAAAAGAAAAGGAGAUAAAUGCAAAAAAGUAAAAAACGAAGGAUUCUAUUUAUAUAUGAUGAUUGUGGAUGAUUGGAGCCGUAAUUGUCAAAAAGAAAUUAGUAAAUAAAAAAUUAUCACACAUAUACACUCCUCAAAAAAAUUAAAGGAACACUUUGAAAACACAUCAGAUAUCAAUGGGGGAAAAAAAAUCACGCUGGAUAUCUAUACUGAUGUAGACUGGGUAAUGUGUUAGGAACGAAAGGAUGCCACAUCGUUUGAUGGAAAUGAAAUUAUCAACCUACAGAGGGCUGAAUUCAAAGACACCCCGAAAAUCAAAGUGAAAAAUGAUGUGGCAGACUAGUCCAUUUUGUUGAAAUUUCAUUACAGUAACUCAGUAUCAUACUCAGUAGUUUGUAUGGUGCCCACGUGGUUAUAUGCAUGCCUGACAAUGUCGGGGCAUGGUCCUAAUGAGACCAUGGAUGAUGUCCUGGGGGAUCUCCUCUCACAUCUGGACCAGGGUAUCACUGAGCUUCUGGACAGUCUGAGGUGCAACCUGGUGGCAUCGAAUGGACGAAACAUAAUGUCCGUGGGGGGCAGUCAAUGGUAUCAAUUCCUUCAUCCUCCAGGAACUGCCUACAUGCUCUUGCCACAUGAGGCCGGGCAUUGUCGUGCACCAGGAGGAACCCAGGACCCACCGCACCAGCAUAGGGUCUGACAAUGGGUUCAAGGAUUUCAUCCUGAUACCUAAUGGCAGUCAAGGUGCCGUUGUCUAGCCUGUAGAGGACUGUGCGUCCCUCCAUGGAUAUGCCUCCCCAGACCAUCACUGACCCACCACCAAACCGGUCAUGCUGAACAAUGCUGCAGGCAGCAUAACGUUCUCCAUGGCUUCUCCAGACCCUUUCACGUCUGUCACAUGUGCUCAGGGUGAACCUGCUCUCAUCUGUGAAAAGCACAGGGCACCAGUAGCAGACCUGCAAAUUCUGGUAAUCUAUGGCAAAUGCCAAUCGAGCUCCAUGGUGCUGGGCAGUGAGCACAGGGUCCACUAGAGGACAUUGGGUCCUCAGGGCACCCUUAUGAUGUCUGUUUCUGAUUGUUUGGUGAGAGACAUUCACACCAGUGGCCUGCUGGAGGUCAUUUUGUAGGGCUCCAGCAGUGUUCAUCCUCUUCCUCCUUGCACAAAGGAGCAGAUACCGGUCCUGCUGAUGGGUUAAGGACCUUCUAUGGCCCUGUCCAGCUCUCCUUGAAUAACUGCCUGUCUCCUGGAAUCUCCUCCAUGCCCUUGAGAUUGUGCUGGGAGACACAGCAAACCUUCUGGCAAUGGCACGUAUUGAUGCGCCAUCCUGGAGGAGUUGGACUACCUGUGCAACCUCUGUAGGGUCCAGGUAUCGCCUCAUGCUACCAGUAGUGACACUGACCGUCGCCAAAUGCAAAACUAGUGAAAAAACUGUCAGAAAAGAUGAGGGGGGAAAAAUGCCAGUGGCCUCCACCUGUUAAACCAUUCCUGGUUUGGGGGUCGUCUCAUUGUUGCCCCUCUAGUUCACCUGUUGAUAAUUUCAUUAACACCAAAGCAGCUGAAACUGAUUAACAACCCCCUCCGCUACUUAACUGACCUGAUCAAUAUCCCAGAAGUUUAAUAGACUUGAUGCUAUACUCUGAUUAAAAAGUGUUCCUUCAAUUUUUUUGAGCAGUGUAUAUUAAUACAUAGAUAUGAAUGUCCAUACAUACACAGACACACUUUCAUACAUAUCUGUAAUGACUGAAACAUACAAUACAUGAAUCAAACAGUAAUAAUAAUAAUUAAUAAAAAUAACAGCAAAAAAGUAAGGGGGCGGUGGGCGUUGAGGUAGCUUUUAUUCACAAAAUAGUUUGCUGCAAACAUACAUCCAUCCAUCCAUUUUCCAAACCGCUUAUCCUACUGGGUCGCUGGGGGUCCGGAGCCUAUCCCGGAAGCAACAGGCAAAAGGUAGGGAACAACCCAGGAUGGGGGGCCAACCCAUCGCAGGGCACAUUCACAUACCAGUCGGGCAAUUUAGCAACUCCAAUUAGCCUCAGCAUGUUUUUGGA